AUGCUCUUGAGAGGUGGGAGCUCCGGCAUGAACGAUAUUGGAGCCAUCGAGGCCGGUUCCGUCUUCUCCACCAUGGCGAAUCCGCAGUUCGCUCAGAUCAAAGCAUUUGUUCCCAAGGAAGCACCACAUCGCGGGACUGUGGGCAGGAAGAACAGCACGGAUCUGCACGUGAGCAAGUCUCAAGAGAUCGUCGAUCUCGGGAAGUACGCCUGGUUCUACCCCGACCCUCCGUGGGGGCGAAAGAACGUUUUCAGGCCCGGCUCCAUGUUCCUGCAGGUGUGGGACGGGACAGUGUGGCUGGCGAUGAUGUACAUAGCCUUCAACGUCCCCUUUCGAGCCGCAGGCUUCACCAUGGACGACUGGGACGAGGACCACUGCUCGCUGCCCAAGAACAUGCUAGCAGAGAACCUGGCGAGGCCUCUGAGGUCGAUCGUCGACUUGAUCUUCCUCACCGACAUCAUCUUCUCCAUGCACACAGCCUUCUAUCAGUACCGCGGCAACGGACGACUUGACCUUGUCGACGACCUGCCGACCAUUCGAAAUCGAUACUUGAGCAGCUGGGCGUUUGUGUGGGAUGUUUGCGGCAUCUUCCCGCUCAAGGCGAUGGCUUGCCUCAUCUCGUAUCUGAUCCCGGGAAGCAUCCCCUUCAUCUGGGACAACAAGGUCAUCAACCUGUUCAAGGCCUUUAGGAUGGCGAAGCUCUUCAGGCUGCAUCACAUCUACCGCAUCGCCAACUUCAUCGCCUACAAGAUGCUGUUUACCGGACACGUGCUUGCUUGCGCUUGGUACUUCGUUGGACAACUAGACAGGCUAAAUGGGGACGAGUCCUGUUUAUCCAAGUAUGUCAAGAGCUUCUACUUCAUCUACGCAACCAUCACGACCGUGGGGUAUGGAGAUGUAGCAGGCAAGCAGCUGAAGCAAGUCUAUCUCUGUCUCACUAUCAGUCUUUCAGGUUUGAACGCAGCUGAGAGGAUAUUUUGUAUCGGCCUGAUGGUUCUUGGCGGCUUCUUGUUCGGACAUCUUAUCGGAAGCGUUCCUGCCAUCAUCGAUCGGCGAUCGGAGGCAGGAGCAAGAUACCUGGAGCUUGAGAACCGUUUGAAGGAGUACAUGAAGGACAAGCAGACCUUCGCAGCUGAAGGUGACGUCAUUACCAUCGAGGGAACUCCUUCCAACGGCCUCUGCUUUGUGAAGAGCGGGCAGGUUCUCCUCAGCAGGGGUUGGGAGUCCGAGAGCGUGCUGGGGCCGGGAGGAGUUUUCGGGGAGAACUGCGUCAACGGGGGGGACGGGACCCUGAAGCAGAGCCACACGGCAACAGCCCUGGAGCCGGUAGAGCUCUACAUCCUCCUCCGACCCGACCUCGAGGACCUGGUUGCCAACCGCCCCGACUUCAUCCCGACCUACGACCUCGACUCGUGGGAGCAGGUCAAGCGCAACCUCCUCUCCCGGCGAGAGACCCGGCUGGGACUGGACAAGCUGCGACAGGUGCUGGGAGACUUGGGGGAGCUGAGGGAACAGAUCCGUGAUCUGACGAGAGACCAGCAAACUCGGCUGGAGAGGCAUCGGGGGAAUGAGGGGAGGUAG